AUGACCCACAACCUCUCGCAGUGCACCACCCUCAUACAAAAAGCCUCCGCCGCCGGCGCAAAAGCCCUCUUCCUCCCCGAAGCGUCAGACUACAUAGCCUCUGGAAAGGCCUCCGAGACAGUGUCGUUAGCCAAACCCGUAGAGACAUCCGAGUUUGUCAUCGGCAUCCAGGAACAAGCGAAAAAGCAGAAGCUACCUGUCAACGUAGGCGUGCACGAGCCUACAGCUUCAGGUGGAAAGGUCAAGAAUACUUUAUUGUGGAUCGACGCAGAGGGGCAAAUCACGCACCGUUACCAAAAAUUGCACCUGUUCGAUGUGGAGAUCAAAGAUGGACCUAUACUCAAAGAGUCCAACGGCGUAGAGCGCGGUUCUAGGAUAGAAGAUCCCGUCGACACACCUGUUGGGAAAGUAGCGCAUUGGGAGACGUUGUUGCGGGCGAGGGCGAUCGAGACACAGAGUUAUGUUAUUGCGGCUGCGCAAGUAGGUUGUCAUAAUGAGGAGAGGACGAGGCGGAGUUAUGGGCAUAGUAUGAUUGUGGAUCCGUGGGGCAAGGUGCUUGCUGAGUUGGGUGGUGAGGAGGAUGAGAAGGGGAGGGGGCUGGAUGUCGGCGAGAUUGCGCUGGCGGAGAUCGAUUUGGAGUACCUGGAGAAGGUAAGACGGGAGGUACCCUUGCUAAGGCGGACGGAUGUUUAUCCUGAGUUUGCAUGA